AUGUAUAAUAAAGUUUCUUCGGCUUCUCAGUUACGUUCUAUGUCUCGAGAAGAGGAGAUUGAACUUUGUGUACAACAAAUUAUAUCUGAUGACAGUUGCAAAAUCACGAUUGAAUUGGAAGAACAAACAGUUAAUCAAUUUGAAAAAGAAAAAAGCAAGAACUUUGAGAAUAUUGUUGACAAGGAAAUGCCUGGAACUAGUAAAGGAAAACUUGAAAGGAUGAAGGCACCGUCUCAGUGGCCAACCAUAUGUGCUCUAGCAAGAAAAGUUCCUAAGCCAUACGAAGUUGAAGUUCUAUCUCACAAAAAUUUUGAGGGCUGGGAUACAAUUUUAGACAGAUACUUCAAAGGCAAUCUUGCAGGUAAAAUAAGCAGGAUUCGCACUGCUACACUCAAGAAAGCUGAUCCGCACCAUAUCGAAGUUAAAUAUUCCAUGAAAGUUGAAGCUAAAUCUGAAAAGAUCGAGAUUAUAGGCAAAGGUGAAUUAAUUCCAAAGUUAAAUUACAAAUCGAAAUUGCCUAUUUCAAAGAAAAAAUAUUCCGAUUUGGAAAAAUUAUGUAACAAUAAAACUAUACCAGCAAUGUAUGUUGCAGAAUAUAAGUCUUUACCUCAUGCAGUAAAUGUUCAAGAUUUUUUGGCAGAUACAGACAUUGAAGACAUUCAAGACUGA